CAGACGCAUUGGCAGUAUCAGCUAAAAGUUUAAGCGCGUUCGCAACCACAAAAUACAACCAACCAAAACAAACCAAACAUGACCGCUCUUAAAGUUUUCAUCCUUGUAGCACUCUUCGCUGUGGCAUACUCGGCGCCCAGUCCCGGCUUCUUUGGCAAGCACGAACACCACACAAUCCAUGUGCCCUACAAGGUGCACACCGUGCAUCAUCAUCAUGUCCAGAAGGUAGCGGUGCCCGUGGUGAAGCACGUGCCCGUCUACAAGGAGGUGCAUGUGCCCAUCUACAAGGAGGUGCCCGUCCAUCAUGUGCAUCACGAGGAGAUUCUGCCCGUGCAUGUGCAUGAGGAUCAUCACGAUUUCCACCACGAUUUCCACAAGGGUUGGUCUUCCCACUCCCAUGGCUGGCUGUAAAUUUCAGUUCCUGCCUUUGCUUUUUUUUGCUCUGUAAAUACUGUACAAUGUUUAAGCUAAUAACAAUCACAACAACAACAACAUAAACCAAAUUAAUA